CACACUCACACACACACUCUCACACACUCACACUCACACACACACACUCACACACACACACUCACACACUCUCACACACUCACACUCACACACACACUCAGGAUGCUGCUGCUGCUCGGAGCUCUGCUGCUGCUCGGAGGUUAUUUUCUUCUCCAUGUGACUUUGCUCCGGUUGCCCAGAUGUAAAAGUUCUGCAAGGUUCGAUGGAAAAACCGCCGUCGUCACCGGAGCAAACACCGGCAUCGGUAAGACCACAGCAAUGGACCUGGCCCGGAGGGGGGCGAGGGUGGUCCUGGCCUGCAGGGACAGACGGCGAGCAGAGGCCACCGUCCAGGAAAUCAUCCAGGAAACUGGUAACAACCAGGUGAUCCUCAUGCAGCUCGACCUGGCUAGUCUGCAGUCCGUCCGCUCCUUCGCUGAGAACUUCCUCCGGUCCGAGUCUAGGCUGGAUCUGCUCAUCAACAACGCUGGUCUGUUAAAUGGCGGGAAGACAAAGGACGGCUUUGGGAUGAUCUUUGGCGUCAACCACCUGGGUCACUUCCUGCUGACGAUGUUGCUCCUGGACCGGCUGAAGGCCAGCGGGCCGAGCCGCGUGGUGAAUGUGGCCUCCAAAGCGUACACGAUGGGAAAGGUGGAUUUCAACUGUCUGACGACUCUCAGGGAUUUGGCUCUGGGCGGCAGCGACUACCAUCUCUUCCAGAAGUACUGCCACAGCAAACUGUGCAACGUCCUCUUCACCUACGAGCUGGCCAAGAGGCUGCAGGGCACCGACGUCACCUGCUACAGCCUCCAUCCUGGAUACAUAAAAACAGAAAUCACUCGUGACUUCAGCUUCUGGUCAAAGAUCAUCGGGGCACCCUUCCUCCUUUUCGCCACGGAUGCCGAGUCUGGAGCUCAGACGACGCUCCAUUGUGCCCUGGAGCAAGGCAUCGAGCACCUCAGCGGCCACUACUUCACCCAGUGUGCACCGCUGAUGAACAUUGAGUCGAAGGCGAGAGACGAUGCCACGGCCAAGAAGUUGUGGGAGCUCAGCGAGAGUUUCUGCGGUCUGUCCUGAAACCAAACCUGAAAUCUGAGCUUCGUUUUUCAGCCCAAAGUAAUUCUACUAACUUCCCCCUGUUGUCCCGCCCCUUUUAAAACCUCAGUCCACUUCUUCCUUUCCUGUAUUUAGAUAUGCUACAUGCUAAGCUAAUCUACAUUGAAAGGACAACCACAUUUUGAAGAUGGUUAAAAGAUAAGAUAUAUAUGUGAGCCAGUGCUACUUAAGGAACAUAAACAUACAAUUCUAACAUUGGGUUUUAACAAUUAAAAAAAAAAUGGAGCCUAUCAAACAAAGAUGGGCCUCAGCUGCUCUCUCAGGUGUGUCACUGCAGGAAGAGAGGACCAGGUGAGCUUCCCUCCCCUUCUUAUAGACUCCGCCCCUUUGGCUGGGUCCCAGUGCUAUCCUUCUUCCACAUAUAAGAUAUAUAUAUAUAUACAUCUUACGUUAGCUAAUGUGAGCACAAUGCUAUCUAGCCGAGUAAUUUAUGUCGAUUUGACUAUAUAUACUAAUUUAUACUUGACUCUUUUAUUGUGGUUGUUUUUUAACAUAGAUUAGCCUAGCAUAUAGCAUAUGUAAGGACAGGAAAGGAGGAAGUUGACUGAGGUCCUCAACUGUGAUUGGAGCACAGAGCAAAAGGGGGCGGAGCUUAGGAGGGUUGAAUUAUGAGAGAAUUAGUAAUAAUUACGAGAGAAGUUCUCCAGUUUGCUUUCUUUGGUGUAUGUAGUCUCAUCUGUCACGUGAUGAUAAUUAUUGAUUAUAAUAAAGUGAGAAAAAUAAAAA